CACAUGGGAAAAGAGGGUUUUUGAGGGGGUUUAGGGUUUGCAGGCCAGGGAAGGAGAGGAAGAAGAAGAAGGCGACAGAAAGGAUGAGUGGUACAGGAACGGCAGAUUUCUUCUACAGGGAAGCUCAACGUCUAGGUUACGUUGCUCGUUCAGCUUUCAAACUGCUUCAGAUGCAGAAACAGUAUAAAUUGAUAAAACCUGGUUCUUCCGUUCUCGAUCUUGGCUGUGCUCCCGGUGCUUGGCUUCAGGUAGCAUGCCAAAGCCUAGGAUCAGCAAAGAGUGGUGGUUCGGUCGUCGGCAUCGAUCUUAAGAAAGUGAAGGCUCCUUCAGUUCAUUGUGAUGCUAGGGUUCAAACUGUUUGUGCUGAUGUUAUGAAACUCCCCAGAUCCCAACUCAGAGGGUUUUCGCCCAAGAAAGGGUUUUCUGUUGUUCUAUCAGACAUGUGCCCUGUUGUUUCUGGAAUCACAACUAGAGAUGCGGCUUUAUCUGUGGAAUUGGGAAUGAAAGCACUUGAAUUGGCGGUUGGGAGAGCAUCUUUAAGUAGUCAGUUAGGUGAUAAUAGUAUGUUAAUAAUGGAUAAGCAGUCCGAUGAGGCUGGUGAGGAUGACAAAGGUGUAUUACUUAUGGGUGGUAAUCUUGUGAUUAAACUUCUAGAAAGUGAAGACAUACAAGAAGUGAGCAGGGUUUGCAAGCCUCUCUUUAGAAAGUCGUUUUGGCUGAGACCUAAGGCUACGAGGCCAUCCUCAAGAGAGAUUUACUUGAUCUGCCAAGAAAGGAUUGCAUUGCAAGAUAUUAGCUGACAAUGCUGAGUAUUGUAUUCAUUAUAAGUCAAACAGAAACAUGUUUCCAAUUUUGAGUAUUGAAUUCUUUGUUAUUCUUCCAACAUA